AUGUCGCUAUGGAUGGGGUAUUUGCCACCGUGUAGUCCAGGUUUCGAGAAACCGUCGUUGGUUCAACAGCGUGCCUUCGGUGAGAUAAUGAAGGGACGAGAUGUGGUGGUUCAGGCCCAAAGUGGAUCGGGGAGAGCAGCCACCUUUUGCAUCGGCACUCUGCAACGCAUGGAGUGUUCCAGGAAAGAGGCACAGGCUCUGUUCAUAGCGCGGACACGAGAACUGGCAUUGCAGAUCCACCAGGUACGU